GCCACGUUCUGCUUAUUCCUUAUCCAUCAUCCAUCACAGUGUCUUCAUCCAACCGACCAUCCUACGUUCGUUUAUUGUCUUCAUCGAUUGAACAUUCUUCCCGUCGCUGCAUCUCCAUUCCAUCUCUGCUAUCUGGCAGAGCCACAAGCAGCAGACGCUGACCUGAUCGUCGCGAGUUCUCUUUAUCGGAGCCUUCGGCAGUGUUGAGAUUUUAGCGGGGACGUGCAGACCCAGACCCCUAUCCCACAUUGAGCGGACGAAUCGUCGACUUCAUAUUUCCAAAGGUCUCCAGACGAGUUUGUAAAGUCGUCGACGACCGUUCUUCACACCGAUUUUUGAUUCUACUUCAAUCUAAUACUGUACCAAGGCAUCAUGCUUUGGCUAUCCUGCCUGCCGGCCUUGUUGGCCCUCGUCUUCACCACCGUGGUCUCAGCUUACCGACCCCUUCAGUUUGUCAAGCACACCGGAGAAUCUGGUCGCGCCGACCAGGCAUUCAGCCUGGUCAACUACUAUAAUGAAACGACGCAACAAUCCGACCUGUACGUCCGGAUGUGGGCGUUCCGCUAUCAAUCAAGCGCGAAAGGCUGGGCAGCUCUUGGACUUGGGCCACAAAUGAAAGGCGCGCUCAUGUUCAUCACGUAUGGCGACCCGGCGACCGAUUCUCUGACUUUGACCGUGCGCACUGCUGACGGCCAUCAUCCGCCCCGACCUAUGCCUGAAAUGAAGGACUUCUAUUCCGGCGAGACUCCCGUUGUGGACGUCGUCUCAACGCGCUUCGAAGAGUACACGGGCCAGUUUUUCCACGAGGGACUGCAACAGAAACCUUCGCACUUAGGUAUCGCCGAGUUCAUCGUCCGUGGGUACGAAACCUGGACGGCGGCCGAACUCGGCGUGCAGAACGACACGACCAAGCAGUCCAUGAUAUGGAGCAGUAACUUUAAGCAGGACUUUGGAGGCGACUUUUCUGUCGAGCGAAGCAUCGACAUGCACCAGUUUGGACUCGGCUUUGGUUUUAUUUGGGCUGAUCUGAAGAACGCCCUUUCUCCUUUUCCAUUUUUCGGCCCGAUCAAUGAGUUGUCGGGCCAUCAGGGCGUGAACGAGAUUGGUGACCCGGCCGAACCGACCUCCGACGAGCUGAAGGCUGGCGCUGCUAUGAUUGCAUCACAGAAAGCCGCUGUCGAUGGUGGAAGUGGCAGUGAUACAGCUGCUGAUAUUGAACCAGUCGACAAGACACCAACUGACCAAGCCGGCGCGGAUGACGGGACCAAGGUCGAAGAGCCGGUCAAGACGGUCAAGCAGUGGAAUAUUCGGUCAAUGAUGUGGCACAUCCACGGCUUUCUCAUGACAAUAUCCUUCCUCGUCCUAUAUCCACUGGGCGUGUACUUCCUGCGCUCCCCGCGCGCGACGGCCUUCAACCUCCACUGGACCAUCAACUGUUUAUCCAGCGUCUCCGUCGGCCUGGCCGCGCUCAUCGGGUUUGUCAAUUCGCGGUCCAUCAGCAUCACGCACCAGUACGUCGGCAUCCUGAUCGUCUGUGGGUUGUGCGUGCAGACCGUGCUCGGCUGGCGCCACCACGUCGUGUACAUCUCAUCCUCCCCCCACGGCGGGCGGCGGACCUGGAUGUCGCUCGUGCAUCUCUGGCUCGGCCGCGUAGUCCUGCCGUUCGGCAUGAUCAACAUCGUCACGGGAUUGUUGUUAAGGCAUUACGGCUGGUUGACCGUCAGUCUGACCAUCGCGCUGGCGGCCGUCGAAGUCAUCGUGCUCACGCUCGUCGUGGGACGCGCCCGGAAUAGGAGGCCCGCCGCGCAGCAGCACAAUAAGGCUGCGCCGCCGAUGGGCGCGGAUGAGGCCGAGGAGUAUUUCCAGCUCGGCGGCGACGAGGACGACGAAGAUGCCUUCAGUGAUGAAGACGAGGCGGGCAGUGCGGAUCGCGCGAAGAGAGACGCUGAACGGGACGAGCAGGCCAAGCGGUUGGCCCGGUUAGACAAGGUCUGAUGCUUAUGCGAGUAUCGGAGUUUGUCUUGGCCUCGCUCGCCUCAUCUCACGUCGUUUCAUUUCGUUACAUUCUGUUGGAUAUAAGUACUCGGGGAAAUAUACUCGGGGCAAAAGGCUUUCUUCGGGCAGAGAUCUGGUGAGUAAUGCUAGCGGGGUCUAUAUUGUGCUGUAUGAUGUUUGUUCGUGGUAAAUUAUGAUAUUUUCUCUACGAAAGAGACCGGGCACAACCGGGGUAGUUAUGUAUCAUUAUAAUUUCUGGACCGACCUAUGGUUUGCUACUCG